AUGCUACUGGUACUCCUAGUAUUAACUCCUAGCUACUGGUACUACUGGUACUGUUGGUACUACUGUACUAGUACUACUGGUACCAGUAGUACUAGCACUGGUACUACCGAUACUAUUAGUACUAGUACUACCGGUACUAUUAGGACUAGUACUACCGAUAUUACUAGUACUACUACUAGUACUACUGGUACUGCUAGUACUAAUACUACUAAUACUAGUAGUACCAUUACUGACACUACUACUGGUACUACUAGUACUACAACUACUAGUAUUACUAAUAAUUACUAUUACUAUUACUAUUAUGAAAUUUGA